AUGAAUAAUGAUGAUCAUAUUUCUCAUUUAAAUAAUUCAUCAUAUAAACCGAUAAAUACACAAAACACUUCAUAUCAAUUAACAUCUACUUUGAAAAAUAAACAAGAUUCUAAUUUAUUGAACCCGUUAAACAAAAAUCGUAGAAAAUCAAUUAUUCCAUUAUCUCAUUUACCCACGAAAUCAUACAAUAUAUUCGAAAUGGAUAAUGAAUCUGAUAAUUCAUUAAGUAAAAAUUAUUCAUUAGAAGAAACAGAAAAACAAUCUCAACUCAGUACUAAUACUACUUCAAUAAAUCAAACAAACAACAAUUAUGAUAACAAUGAUGUAUUACCGAUAGAAAAGAAUGAAAAUCUUAUUAACAAAGAAGUGAUUGACGAUGAAAACAGUUUCGAUUCGUUUAUUUUACAAAAUUUCACUCCAUUUUCUGGUGAACAAGAUGUUAACUUAUGGUUACAUGAUACCCAGAAAAGAUUUGAUCGAUUAUUAAUACCACGGAAUUUACGUUUCACCGCAAUUCCAUUAUUAGUUCGAGGUCUCCCACAAAAGAUUUACAUAAAGAAUCGACGAGAUAUCCAAUCGUUCGAUGAUUUUUAUGAAAUUUUAUUAUCACACUUUGAUAAAAAUGACGUUCAACCAACAUAUAAUAAUCAACAACAAAAUAUUACAUCACAAUCUGAUCUAUCCUCUCAAACAAAAUCAUCCGAAGACAAAAAUUUACAACCUAUGACGACAUUUGAUAAUACACAUUUUUCAGAAAAACCACCGAAACAUCAUUCGACUGCAUUGCUUGAAUCCGUUGCCGCCGCUUCGAGUGGCGAGAUACCAGCCUCUCAAUCAACAGUAGUUAAUAACGAUGAUACUAUCAAUCAUAGCACUACAAACUUUGAUGAUACAACAAACGUACUUCGAAAAAUUCUACUGCAAAAUUUAAUAAAGAAUCCAAAAACAUUUCAAGGUGGGAAGGAUGAUGUUACAAAAUGGUUGGAAGAUCUACAACAUUUAUUUGAUACCGCACAUAUUCCCGAUGCAAAUAAAUUAGAUUUAAUAUCGUAUUCACUUCGAGGUGAAGCACUCCGAUGGUACAAAAAUAAUAAAAAUACAUUAACAUCUUGGAAAGUAUUCGUAUAUGAAUUAAAAAAAGCAUUUACAUCAUCUUAUCAUGAAGAAUUAGCAUUUAAAAAAUUGGAAUCCUAUACUCAAGGAGAAAAUCAAUCGAUUUGCAAUUUUUAUAAUGAAAUUCUAAAACUCUGUAACGAAGCUGAUUCAACUAUGAGUGAAUCUACUAAAUUGAAAAAUCUUCUCAAUAAAACAAAACCAACUAUACAAUUCGAAGUUCGAAGGAAAAAACCAACAACAACAAAAGAAUUCCUCGAGCAUGCUAAAGAAAUUGAAGAACUUUAUCAACUUUCAAAUAUUAGCAUUAAUAAUAAUACCUAUACUAAUACCGUCUCCAUACCUACUACAUCAUCAACCGUCAUCACACCAACGUCUAAUCAUUAUAACAAUUCCUCUUUCUUCGUUCCAAAACCUCAACGUUGGGAACGUUCUGAUUAUAAUUAUUAUAAUAAUAAUCAUACAAACAAUUUUCAUACAUCAAAUUCAUCACCAUUUUCAAAUUCAUCAUUUCGACUACGAAAUCCAGCAUUCUCAUCAUCUAAACCAUUAUUUCCAAUGCAAUCACAACAAAAUUAUGCUCCACAACAAUUUCGUUCGAAUCAACAAAGAUCAUCAAAUACUUAUAAUAACCAAUCUUACACUCCACGGUAUCCGAGAGUAUUUCCUCGCGAUAAACCACGUCAAAAUACUAUUAACAAUUUAAUUCCACCUGAUAAUAUUCCACAACUUAAUUCACAACAAACGUCCGAAACAACAAACUGUUGUACUCGAUGCAAUCAAUUCGGACAUCACACUACUUCCUGUCCAAAUUUCUAA